CUCGACCACACCAUUCCCUCCUCGGGUGGAGAAACAUUCUUCUGAAACGGGGAUUGUUCAGUGCACGGACCGGAUAUUCCUGCCCGAACGUUGAAAGCGGAGUGUUGCCGCAACUGGGUCACAUCCCGUUUUGCUUUUUCGCUGAUAGAGAGAGAGCUCGGUAGCACAGUUCGGGUGUAGUUGAUAUGGUAGAUUAUCACGCUACAAAUAAUCAAAAUCAAUACUCGUCGGCCGAACCUCCGACAUACAUGGAACAGGAAAAUGACUGGGACCGGGACCUGCUCCUGGAUCCUGCUUGGGAGAAACAGCAGCGAAAGACCUUCACAGCCUGGUGUAACUCCCACCUGAGAAAGGCAGGCACGCAGAUCGAGAACAUCGAGGAGGACUUCAGAGAUGGUCUGAAACUCAUGCUGCUGCUGGAGGUCAUCUCAGGUGAACGGUUACCCAAGCCAGAGAGAGGCAAGAUGAGGGUCCACAAGAUCAACAACGUGAACAAAGCUCUGUACUUCAUCACCAGCAAGGGAGUCAAGCUGGUGUCUAUCGGAGCGGAAGAAAUCGUGGACGGCAAUGCCAAGAUGACCCUGGGAAUGAUCUGGACCAUCAUCCUGCGCUUUGCUAUCCAGGACAUCUCUGUGGAGGAGACGUCUGCUAAGGAGGGCUUGCUGCUGUGGUGUCAGAGGAAGACUGCUCCCUACAAGAACGUCAAUGUGCAGAACUUCCACAUCAGCUGGAAGGAUGGUCUAGCCUUCAACGCUCUGAUCCACAGACACAGACCUGAACUCAUCGACUACGACAAGCUCAGAAAGGACGACCCUGUGACCAAUCUGAACAACGCGUUCGAGGUGGCUGAGAAGUACCUGGACAUCCCCAAGAUGUUGGAUGCAGAAGACAUCGUGGGGACGUUGAGGCCUGAUGAGAAGGCCAUCAUGACCUAUGUCUCCUGCUUCUAUCACGCCUUCUCCGGCGCCCAGAAGGCCGAGACGGCAGCCAAUCGUAUCUGCAAGGUGCUGGCUGUCAACCAGGAGAAUGAACACUUGAUGGAGGACUAUGAGAAGCUGGCCAGUGAUCUCCUGGAGUGGAUACGUCGUACUAUCCCCUGGCUGGAGAACCGUGCACCAGAGAAGACCAUGGCGGAGAUGCAGCAGAAGCUGGAGGACUUCAGGGACUACCGCCGCGUCCACAAGCCCCCCAAGGUGCAGGAGAAGUGUCAGCUGGAGAUCAACUUCAACACCCUGCAGACCAAGCUGAGGCUGAGCAACAGACCUGCCUUCAUGCCCUCCGAGGGACGCAUGGUGUCUGACAUCAAUGGCUCGUGGCACACCCUGGAGGGGGCAGAGAAGGGCUAUGAGGAGUGGCUGCUGAACGAGAUCAGGCGUCUGGAGAGGCUGGACCACCUGGCUGAGAAGUUCAGACAGAAAGCCACCAUCCACGAGGCCUGGACCGACGGUAAGGAAGCCAUGCUGACCCAGAAGGACUACGAGACCGCCUCGCUGUCCGAGGUGAAGGCGUUGCUACGGAAACACGAGGCGUUCGAGAGCGACCUGGCGGCCCACCAGGACCGCGUGGAGCAGAUCGCCGCCAUCGCCCAGGAGCUGAAUGAACUGGACUACUAUGACUCCCCCAGUGUCAACGCUCGCUGUCAGAACAUCUGUGAGCAGUGGGACGCCCUGGGGUCUCUAACCCAGAGUCGCAGGGAGUCUCUGGAGAGGACAGAGAAGCAGCUGGAGUCUAUAGAUGAGCUGUACCUGGAAUAUGCCAAGAGGGCGGCGCCCUUCAACAACUGGAUGGAGGGAGCCAUGGAGGACCUGCAGGACAUGUUCAUCGUCCACAACAUCGAGGAGAUCCAGGGUCUGAUCACAGCUCAUGAGCAGUUCAAGUCCACCCUGCCUGAUGCUAAUAAGGAGCGCGAGGCCAUCCAGGCCAUCCAGACGGAGGUGCAGAAGAUAGCGGAGUACAACGGCAUCAAGCUGGCUGGGAACAACCCCUACACCACCGUCACCCCCCAGAGCAUCGACAACAAGUGGGACAAGGUGCAGCAGCUGGUGCCCCAGCGUGACGCCGCUCUACAGGAGGAACUCUCCAAGCAGCAGUCCAACGACCACCUGAGACGCAAGUUUGCUGGCCAGGCCAACGUGGUGGGGCCCUGGGUCCAGGUCAAGAUGGAGGAGAUUGGCAGGAUAUCCAUCGAGAUGAACGGAACUCUGGAGGACCAGCUGACCAACCUGAGGGAGUAUGAGCAGAGCAUCAUCGACUACAAGCCCAACAUCGACCAGCUGGAGGGAGACCACCAGCUCAUCCAGGAGGCCCUCAUCUUCGACAACAAGUACACCACCUACACCAUGGAGCACCUGCGUGUGGGCUGGGAGCAGCUCCUAACUACCAUCGCUCGCACCAUCAACGAGAUCGAGAACCAGAUCCUGACCCGUGACGCCAAGGGCAUCAGCCAGGAGCAGCUGCAUGAGUACCGCGCCUCCUUCAACCACUUCGACAAGGACCACAGCGGUGCCCUGAUGGCGGAGGAGUUCAAGGCGUGUCUGAUCAGUCUGGGCUACGACGUGGAGAAUGACAAGACGGGCGAUGCGGAGUUCACUCGUAUCAUGGGGAUCGUGGACCCCAACAACAGCGGAGCAGUCACCUUCCAGGCCUUCAUCGACUUCAUGUCCCGAGAAACCACGGACACGGACACUGCAGACCAGGUCAUCGCCUCCUUCAAGAUCCUGGCUGGAGACAAGAACUUCAUCACGGCUGAGGAGCUGAGGAGGGAGCUUCCUCCUGACCAGGCUGAGUACUGCAUCGCCCGCAUGGCGCCCUACGCUGGCCCCGACGCCACGCCCGGAGCCCUCGACUACAUGUCCUUCUCCACCGCACUCUACGGGGAGAGUGACCUCUAGGGGGAGGGGGAGAGAGCAGGGGAGAGAGGGGGGAAGGGGGGGGGAGGGACCUGCAGGAGCAAUACCAGGGGGGAGGGGAGAGAAGGGGUGAGCAAGGAUGGGAAGACGAGAGGCUUGUGCCAGACCAGGUCUCUGGUUGGAGGAAGGAAGGAAGAAAGCAGGGGGAUAAGAGGGUUUCUAGAUCUGUGAUUGGUUGUGACUUAGGAAGAGGGAUGAGCUGGCUGGUUCUAAGUGGAGGACGCCAGUUGAGGGGGGGGGGGGGGGCUAAGUCUUCCCACUUCUCUUCCACUUCCUGGUUCUGACUGUGCCUCCAAACACACAGGUGUUGUUCUCUCGGCCGAGGAGUUAACUGUUGUUCUGUUGAUUUGGCCUUCUGCCCGUUAGUUCUUCAGCUUUAUAUUGUAUUUUGUAACAGAUCAACUACAAUCAAUGUUUAUCUGCUCUAUAUAUCAGAUCCUGGCCUCGGGCCUGGAGUAUACAGGGGCAUCCAGCGAGCAUCGCUACAGAUUCAAGUGUCAUCUUCCCCUUUGGGCCUGUGGGGAGGGGCCGGACACGAGCUAUUACGAUUCUUAUGCUACUUUAUUUGUUUUUGGUUAUUUUAUUUUUCUCUUGCUUGGAGGUGAGGGUGGGGGGGGGGGGGUAGAUUUGCUUUGUGGGGUGGAGAGGAUUGCGUACUAACACCCAGAGACAUAUAUAUGAAGGGGGGGAGGAGCUGAGUGAACAACCAGAGAGAUAAAAAGGUGUAUUUACCCAUAAGCCCUUGUUGUGCUGGAUACCUGGAGGUGUGCCGUCUCGGCCAUCUCCUCUCCUCCUGGGGGGUUUUCUCUGGUAGGCGGAGCAUUCCCAGGGGUCAGUGCUGUACAUACUUAUUUUUCCAGUACGCAACACAGUCCCAGUACUUAUGCAGGCUUCAGAGGGGCUGAAAGAAAAACAAACAAAAAAAGACACAAAAAAAAGAAAAGAUUGGCAAAAAGAGAAAAAGAAAAAGAAUGGCUUUUUUUUUUUUUUUUUUUUUUUUAAAUACUCAUCACACAUAAGCCAAUAGCGAGACACAGGAGCAGGUUCUUCACUCGAGUGCCGUUGGAUAGGUUCGUACGUUCUGAAACGGCGGAGGGAGCUGGUAGGGAUGGUAACCGUUAAGUUGAGUUAACCCUGGGCAUAGAGGAUCUCUCACCCCUACCCACACCCACCCACCCACACACCCCCCCCCCCCCCCCCCCCCACACACACACACCCCCACACACACACACCAUGUACACCCUGGGUGCGGAGGUCAGCUUCCCUCUGGACUCGCGUACAGAACCCCGUCCCUGUCCAACUCUGCUUCUGUGAUGCAUUAGGGCUUAUUGACUCUUCAAAUCUUAUUUCAUUUAUAUAAUUUAGUUUAUAUGUAGUUUUUCUUUCAAAGUUAAUAAAUAUCUCUAAAAGCACAGUCGGGUCACAGAGAGUGUAGUCAUACGAAGGCCCUAGCAACGCCCCCUUGACAGAACUGUUACCAUAGAAACGUUUUUUUAUUUUUUAUAAAGGGUUCCCUGAUUAUGUUGGAAAAGAUGGAGUACAGAAACUCUAAUGUGCCUGUUAGUGGCUCCAGCCGUGUCCCUCUCCCUCACUCUCUCCAUCCCCCUCUCUCUUUUUCUCUCCCUCUCAUCCCUCCAUCACAUUUCUCCCAGUAGAAUGAGGGGAACCUGGGUGUUGGAGGGAGGAGGGAGUCUUAAUAAACAUUCCAUUAUGUCUUAAAUAAAAAAGAAAGAAAUUACUGUACCGAUCUAUGCAAUCUUAUAUAUCUAAUAUCACAGAGUUCACUAAGGGUCGGGCGGGAAUUAAGAUGAUGAAUUGAUUUAGAAAAUAAAAAAUGAAUAUGUAACAUCCAUUGUCUAAAUUAAGUGCAAGAAAAAAUGAUUUCUACAAUAUUUGUAAAGAGGGAGGGGAGUCAGGCGCGAGGUGAGUCUGAGGGAUAAAGGAAAAUAAAAGACUUGUACUUUUCCCCGCGCGAGUUUGGAAAGAAAUUUGAACUUUGGAAUUGUGAUUUUCUUCUUUUUUGUACUCUUUAAUAUCAAACCUUACCUGCUGUACUGGAAACUGCAACAACGGCCUUCUGUCUGAAUAAGUGAAUUUCACAAGCACACAUAAAGUUUCCUUAUAAAAUA